AUGGAUAUCAUGGUGGAUAAAAAUCAGCCAGCCUUUGUACCAGGUUCAGUAAUUCCCGAUAAACACUUUGCUGCAGGAGAGGGACUUGGCCUUGCAUGUGUCGAUCAACAAUAUUCAUCAAAAAAUCACCAUUUUGUUGCUGUCGAAUUUGACAUUUUUACCAACUAUUAUGAUCCACGGGGUGAUCAUUUUAACGGCACUCCCAAUGGUACGAGAACUGAUGCCUGGAUUACUUAUAAUUCAAUCUCAAAAAAUCUUAGUGUUGUCUUUACUGGUUUCAAACCACAAGGGAAUACUAUUGUCACCAUCCUGCAGAAUCUAUCUUACAUACUUGAUAUGAAGGAAUAUUUGCCAGAGUGGGUCACUGUUGGCUUCUCAGGUGAAAUAGGAACCUUCUCUGCAAUACAUACCAUAUAUUCUUGGAAUUUUACUUCUUCCUUCAACUAUAAUGGCAACAUAACUGAUCCAGAUAUACCUAUACCAAGACCUAUGCCUAAUCUAUAUGUACCCCUACAAAGCCUUGUGCUAAAUCCAAAUGUACCCCUACCAAGACCUAUGCUAAAUCCAGAUAUACCUCUACCAAGCCAUGUGCCAGAGGAUACUUCAAAGCAAAAAUAA